AUGAAAUGCGUGAUGAAAUCUUUCAUCAGGAAGAGCCUGUCACCGGCACACACGCUUUUCAGAUACCACCGAAGCAGCAGACAUCAUGGGAGAGCAGCUGAGUCCUGAUGAGAAGUUCCAGCUCAUCACCAGAAACCUUCAGGAGGUUCUUGGUGAGGAGAGGUUGAAGGAGAUCCUGAAGGAGAGGGAACUGAAGGUCUACUGGGGAACAGCAACCACGGGCAAACCCCAUGUGGCCUACUUUGUCCCCAUGUCAAAGAUCGCUGACUUCCUGAAGGCGGGCUGUGAGGUGACCAUCCUCUUUGCUGAUCUCCAUGCCUAUCUGGACAACAUGAAAGCUCCCUGGGAGCUGCUGGAGCUCAGGGUGCAGUAUUAUGAGCAGAUCAUUAAGGCCAUGUUGGAGAGCAUUGGAGUUCCCCUCGACAAACUCAAAUUUGUUAAAGGCACAGACUAUCAGCUCAGCAGAGAGUACACUCUGGAUGUUUACCGACUGUCAUCCAUGGUCACUGAACAUGAUGCCAAGAAAGCAGGUGCUGAGGUGGUCAAACAGGUUGAGCAUCCUCUUCUGAGUGGCCUGCUGUAUCCUGGACUACAGGCACUGGAUGAGGAAUACUUAAAAGUAGAUGCUCAGUUCGGUGGUGUGGACCAAAGGAAGAUCUUCACAUUAGCAGAGAAGUAUCUGCCCUCUCUUGGGUACACUAAACGUAUCCACAUGAUGAACCCAAUGGUGCCUGGACUGACGGGGGGCAAGAUGAGCUCCUCUGAGGAGGAAUCCAAGAUUGACCUGCUGGAUAAGAACCAAGAGGUGAAGAAGAAGUUAAAGAGAGCCUUCUGUGAGCCUGGAAAUGUGGAGAAUAAUGGAGUUCUGUCCUUUGUCAAACAUGUGCUUUUCCCUCUGCACUCUGAGUUUAUAAUUAAAAGAGAUCCAAAGUGGGGAGGUGACAAAGUCUACACAGACUAUGAGGAAGUAGAUAAGGACUUUGCUGCGGAGCAAAUCCAUCCUGGUGACCUGAAGGCUUCAGUAGAGUUGGCUCUUAACAAACUGUUGGACCCAAUCAGGAAGAAGUUUGAGACCCCAGAGUUGAAGAAACUGACAGCAUCAGCUUACCCAGAGCCCUCCAAAAACAAAGGAGGAGCAAAGGGAAACCCUAAACAAACUGUAGAUGAAGAGGAGGUCAUCCCAUCUAGAUUGGACAUCAGAGUUGGCAAAGUCAUCAGUGUAGAGAAGCAUCCAGAUGCAGACUCACUGUAUUUAGAGAAGAUUGAUGUGGGUGAGGAACAGCCACGGACUGUAGUGAGUGGACUGGUGGCCUACCUCUCACAGGAGCAGCUUCAGGAUCGUCUUGUUGUGUUGUUAUGCAACCUAAAGCCCCAGAAGAUGAGGGGGAUUGAAUCUCAAGCCAUGCUGCUCUGCGCUUCAAUUGAGGGAGAGCCCAGGAAAGUGGAGCCUUUGGAUCCACCAGAAGGAUCAGCACCAGGAGACCGUGUUUAUGUAGAAGGAUAUGAAUCAGGCAAACCAGAUGAUGAAUUGAAACCGAAGAAAAAGGUGUUUGAAAAGUUGCAGGUGGAUCUGAAGAUCUCAGCAACACCUGCUAAAGCUGGCAGCUAAUUCUAGUCAGAUUUUGAUGGACGUUAGAGGCACAUGUUGAUUGUAGAUUUCCAACAUAGUAAUGGACUUCACACUCAUGCUGUGACAAGACUAACUGAUGUCAACUAGCUGUCUCCCGUGAAGGAUAAUCAGGUCGGACACAAUGAGAUCUACUGUGUGCCACCAAUCCUCCAGCUGCCCUGAUCUUUCCCACCCCUCUUCAUCUCCCCACCCCCCUUGCCCCGGCUUUUGUCAGCAUCUUACUGAGUGGUGUCCCCCAAAGUGUUGGCUGGUUUCCUCCAUUGUGGACUGAAUUUGGGAUUCGCCUUGACAAGGGAGCCUGGCUAAUCUGCCACCCUUAAAAUCUGAUUGGAAACAUGCCACACUCAGAUUAAAGCAUCUGCUCCAUGAUUUGACCCAUAGUAAACAUCAUAAAUAGUAAAAGGAAUAGACUUCUUGAUAUAUAUUGACUAGUAUUGUUUGAUAUAUGUUGACUAGUAUUGGUGUGUUACAUGAACUAAUGAGCAAAGCUGAUGAUCCCUGUGAUUCAAAUUGCAAAGGCCUUGUGUUUUAGCAGGUAUGAUGAUCAUUAUUUGCACUUUGUUUACCCAAAACUGACAUUUCUGCUGCUCAUUUUCAAAAUUCAGUUACUCAAACUGUUCUAACCUGUAAAGCACUAAAGGAGAUGUUCUGAAAAAAGUUCAUGCUGCUUUUCUCCAUACAAUGAAAGUAUAGUAAAGCUCCAAAAAGAUGGUGAAAAACAUAAAAAUAUCAUAAAAGUCCAUGACUCAUGCACUAUUUUGCAAGACUUUUGAAGCCAUGUGAUAGCAUUCUGAUAUUUGAAACUUGUACGCUUCCAUUUUAUGGAAAAUAACUUCUCAGAUUGUUUGUAUAUUUGUCUUAUGAACAGAGUUUAUUUAUCAUGGUGUUCUAACUACAUAUCUUGGAAAUUAUUUAUUAGUUUCUUAAAAACACAAUGCAAAGAGAGGUUUCAUUACAGCUUUAAGUAUCAGAGAAGAGACAAGCAAGAACAGCAGAUGUCAGAAACCAUUUUAAUUGAUUAUUUCAGGUUUAGGGUAACAUAGCUACUACUUGGUAUGUUUCGUAUACCUCUGCAGGGGUUGCAGCAGUGCUUUAUCAUUAAACCAUUUAUCAGACGUCCCAUGUCUGCACUCGCUUCACAGUCACUGGUUUUGGCACUGAAUAGAGACUCAAGUGGUGUUGGCUUAGAAUUAUGGGCGUUACUUCAAACCGAGAUAGAAAGGUCACUAUUUCGGCUGGCAAACUUCCCAUUCUUACCUUUGAACAGAGAUUCACCACAUCUGCAUGUAUGAAUCAUAUCUCAACUCUUUGAGAUGUUUGAGAGGUGAGCUAUUAUGUUCCUAAGCAAUUGAUUAUUUUUUUCAUCUUUUUUCUUUUUUCAGUCUGUCAUUCAGAUUGCACUCAGUCUACCAACUGCCUGUUGUUUAAUUCCAGAAAUCCCAUUAAUAUUUAUCAGGAGAGCCAAAAGACACCAUCUGCCACAUGGUGUGAGAUGAGGGUUGAUGCAUGCCUUUAAACCACCACCAGACCCUUGAGAUUCUUUACACUGAAGCUUUUGUAUUCCUAGAUGCACAGGAAACAAAUGAUACAUAGGCCAUUUAAUGGUUAAUUACUGAAGCAUAACCUAAACAAUCAGUUGACUUGGCUAUUAGCUACUAGGUUUA